ACAAGCGACCAAACAUCGGAUACAGAACUCCACCUGCGGGAUGCGAUCACGGAUGUGCAGAAGUGAUCGAUGACCUGAUCCAGGACAAGAGCGUCGGACGAGAAAUCUUGCGGACCGCAGCAGUCGGCACUCAAGUGUGCCAGCCUCGCAAAUGCUGCUCAUGUCGUUCGUGUUGACGCUCCUGAGCGCAUACGUCCUCGAAUUGAUGCUGCCUUGGGUGUGCUGCCACGUACGACGCCGUCGAUUUUGCCCGCCGGAGAUACGAUCUCUUUGGCUCUGCAUUGGUCUGCGAGCGGCAUGGUCUGAGCAUGAUUUUUGCAAUGUGCACUGCUGUAGGAGUGUUCAAUCUCAUCUUCAGUCAUCGCGCUGUUCUCGCGUUUCUUCGGGUUAUGGCAGAAACAACGGCAUCGCCUUCAGUCGAAGAUGGCCCGUCGUUCGGGCCAAAAGCCUUCGACGAAGCACUUGCCUUGGCUACGUGAAGUACAGCGGCACCCAUGACGUCGUCGCCGUUGUGCAGAAGGGGCACGUGAACGCCCAUCAUGCCGCCGCAAGCCAAUAGUCCAGCUACCCGCCACCACGAAAGACAUACCGAAAAACAACUUUACGGUGAGGUGAGGACGGGCGAGGACUUGACGGACAGUACAAUGCACGAUAUAAUCACCACGUCCGCGUUGGACAUAUCCCGGGCAGAAGAUGUCUCAAGACGAAUCACUCUGGCCCAACGAAGUUCGCACACCUAACAACCGGAGUGCAGCAGGGUUGAAAGAUACGGCGCAGCAGUGAGCCUCGAGCAACGACGCCAAUUGCGAGCUCGAAGAUCGAUCGGUUCAGAAAUUUGCCAAGAGCCGUGCAGGUUGUUGUGAUGCCCGAUGACUGGCACCACUUCAGUCCCGAGACCGUCGAAAUCAGACCAUAUCCAGGACACGUUCGACGUGUAUUCCCUGUCAAAUUACUCCACUUCGACCUGAGCGGGAAAAGGUGACCGAUCCCAUCGACAACGAGAUGCGGACCAUCGUCCGCAAGAUGGUCACGAAGACGCAAUGCAAGAUUCAUCAUCUUCGGUAUCGAGAUCGUGCAAAAUCAAUGCCGGAAAGAGAUCAUUGAGC